GCCCCGGCCCCGGCCCCGGCCCCGGCCCCGGCCGCGGUCUCGGCUCCGGCCCCGGCUCCGGCCUCGGCUCCGGGCGCGGGCGCGGCGCCGGCGCUGGUGGCCGCGGCGGCCGCCUCGGUGCGGCAGAGCCCGGGGCCGGCACUGGCGCGCCUCGAGGGCCGCGAGUUCGAGUUCCUCAUGCGGCAGCCCAGCGUCACCAUCGGCCGCAACUCGUCGCAGGGCUCGGUGGACCUGAGCAUGGGGCUGUCGAGCUUCAUCUCGCGGCGCCACCUGCAGCUCAGCUUCCAGGAGCCGCACUUCUACCUGCGCUGCCUCGGCAAGAACGGCGUCUUCGUGGACGGGGCCUUCCAGCGGCGCGGCGCGCCCGCCCUGCAGCUGCCCCAGCAGUGUACCUUCCGGUUCCCCAGCACAGCCAUCAAGAUCCAGUUCACAUCCCUGUACCAUAAAGAAGAGGCACCAGCUUCUCCCUUGCGGCCCCUCUACCCUCAGAUCUCCCCACUGAAGAUCCACAUUCCGGAGCCGGAUCUCCGCAGCUUGGUCAGCCCCAUCCCCUCCCCAACUGGCACCAUCAGCGUUCCCAACUCCUGCCCGGCCAGCCCUCGAGGAGCCGGGUCCUCCGGCUACCGCUUCGUCCAGAAUGUGACCUCAGACCUGCAGCUGGCAGCCGAGUUUGCCGCAAAGGCCGCCUCUGAGCAGCAGGCAGACACCUCGGGUGGGGACAGUCCCAAGGAUUCUGCUUCUCCCCAGGACGAGUCGAAGCCACCGUACUCAUACGCUCAGCUCAUCGUGCAGGCCAUCUCCUCCGCCCAGGACCGGCAGCUAACACUAAGCGGCAUCUAUGCCCAUAUCACCAAGCAUUACCCAUACUACAGGACGGCCGACAAGGGCUGGCAGAACUCCAUCCGACACAACCUCUCUCUGAACCGCUACUUCAUCAAAGUUCCGCGCUCCCAGGAGGAGCCCGGGAAGGGCUCUUUUUGGCGCAUAGACCCUGCCUCAGAAGCCAAGCUUGUGGAACAGGCAUUCCGCAAACGGAGGCAGAGGGGCGUCUCCUGCUUCCGCACCCCCUUCGGGCCUCUGUCCUCACGGAGCGCCCCAGCUUCACCCACUCACCCUGGGCUGAUGUCCCCUCGUUCCAGUGGCCUGCAGACUCCGGAGUGCCUGUCUCGAGAGGGCUCCCCCAUUCCACAUGACCCAGACCUAGGGUCAAAAUUAGCCUCUGUUCCCGAGUACCGGUAUUCCCAGAGUGCACCCGGCUCCCCUGUCAGCGCCCAGCCUGUGAUUAUGGCUGUACCUCCCCGACCUUCAAACCUAGUGGCCAAGCCUGUGGCCUAUAUGCCGGCCUCCAUAGUGACCUCACAGCAGCCCUCGGGCCACGCCAUCCACGUGGUGCAGCAAGCCCCGACUGUCACCAUGGUCAGGGUGGUCACCACCUCUGCCAACUCAGCCAACGGUUACAUCCUUGCCAGCCAGGGCCCAGCAGGUGGUGCCCACGACACGGCAGGCACAGCCGUGCUGGACCUGGGCAGCGAAGCAAGAGGUCUGGAGGAGAAACCCACCAUUGCAUUCGCCACGAUCCCCGCAGCCAGUCGUGUCAUCCAGACAGUCGCCAGCCAGAUGAGCCCAGGGGUGCCCGGGCACACGGUCACCAUCCUGCAGCCAGCCACGCCGGUGACCAUCGGGCAGCACCACCUCCCAGUCAGGGCCGUCACGCAGAACGGGAAGCACACCGUGCCCACGAGCAGCUUAACCGGAAAUGCUUACGCCCUCACCAGCCCCCUGCAGCUCCUGGCAGCCCAGGCGAGUUCAUCCACGCCGGUGGUGGUCACCCGGGUGUGCGAGGUGGGGCCCGAGGAGCCAGCAGCAGUUGUUGCCGCCACGGUGGCAAGUGCCACGCCGACUGCAGCCACCUCCACUGCCGCCCCCAGCUCUUCCAGUGGGGAGCCCGAGGUCAAGAGGUCCCGGGUGGAGGAGCCCAGUGGGACAGCUGCUAUGCAGGCCACGGUGGUGGCAGCCUCCGGCCCCCAGGGCCCCAGUACCGGGGAGUGAAGCCACCCGCAGGAAGGUGGAGUGGGCCUCACAUACAGGAGCCCGCGCGUGGGCUGCAUGGUGGACCGAGAUGUGACGUGCGCAGCCCCUGCUGCACCCAGAUGCUUUGCAUUUUAUCUCCUGUCCUCCCGUGGUUUGAAACAAAACAUAAAUCCGUUCAGACAACUGAUUGUAUGUUCUGGGGGUUCUGUGUGCUUAUUUCCCUCUUCUUCCUCACACCACCACCACCACUUCCCCCGGCCCCUGGGGUCCGGAGAAGGUUCUAGCCCAGAGCCUCAGCAACCACCAUGGCCCUUGCCUGCAAGGAUGGUGCCCCAGCUUUAGGUAGGCACUCAAGGUCCACCACGUGAGACUGGACAAAGCGCAGCCAGGGGCGCGCCGAGGCCGCCUCCCACCGCACUGGCGCGAAUGCCUGCUUGUGGUCACUGGGAACAGUCAAGAGAAAGGCGGAACUGCCAAACUGCAUGCUGCUUUGUGGGGCCCCCUCCCCCAAAGCCACAGAAAACAUCAGCAUUAACUGGGAUGCCAGCAUCGACUUGAGUUUUGGACCCCGAGCACCUCUUGCUAUAUUUGACCUCGAAAGCGCGGGGCUCCUCACACAGAAGGGGGCGCAGGCCCAGGUGCCUGGGCAUCAGCACCUGCAAGACCACCCGCCGCUCUGCCCGCUAACUUCAAGAAGGACCAGCGACUCCGUGCUCCGUCCCAGCAGCAGCCAAGCCCAACCCCAGGCACUCAGUGGACGUGGCUCGCCGGGGUUGAAGGGACAGUGUGGGCCUGCCGCUCAGCAUCCUUCCCUCCACAUUACAGCUUCCCGGACCUCCAAAAGAUGCCAUUGUUAGAAAUUGGGACUGUCUCUCUGCCGAAGCCCAGGCCCAGGUCAGCGAGUGGAAAGGAGGCGAGCUCCGCAUGGCGCUGGCCCUGCUGGCCAAUCCACACCAUGUGACCCAAGGGCAGAAGGCCCAGGGACAGGCAGCACCCCAAGCUGGAGGCCCAGUCACUGGAUGUUCAUGUCGUCUCCGGUUGAGAUCGGAGCCCCUGUGGUGAAGUAGUCGAGCAAAAGCUGGCUCUAUGCUGUUCUGCCAGGGUGGACCGCAAGGGACAGCAGCACACUGGACACAGAGUUCCCGGCAGUGCAACUUGAGCUGGGUACAGCACCCCCUGCUCGGGACGUUUCCUGGGCAGUACUGGGGGCACCGCAGCCAGUCCCAGGCAGACGGGCCUAGGAGAGCCCCCUGCCUUCAGGUGGAGGGACCCCACCUGGAGGCAGAGCAGGAGCCCAGCUGUGCUCCGGUUCCUGGGCAGGAGGACAGGUAGGCAGCUGGGAGCAGCCCCUGUUGGUCACCACCAAAGUCACCGGCCCUACCUGAGACCUGUGCAGAGCAUCUGAGGUGAGAAGCCACGGCGUAGGCAUGGGGUGAGCCUGCGCUUUCCAUCUUACGUGUGUGGCAUAUGUGGGUCCAGAAAUCAGGAAUAGGCAGCUGGGUCUGAGAGUAUGUUGGUUCUGUGGGCUGAGGCCACCACAGCCAGAGCCCUGCCAGGAGAGGGCAAAGUCACCUUGUCACGCUGCUCCCUUCCUCAGCCACCAUCUCUUCCCAGACUACAUGUGGUCUCUGAGGCGGAUUCCGUGUCUGGAUUAUCACUGUGGUGGCCGCACACAGAACUGUGGGUCACCUUGUGCCACGGCUGUGCGAGGUGCUGGCAGUUGGGCACUGUUUGCCGUCCUGGCUGCUGAGUGACUGUGGCGGCAGUGGGAGGGAAUUUGCAGCUUUACUGGGGUGAGUGGGACGUGUCUCAUGGGUGUUGGGUCAUCCCCACCAGGGCGCACACCCGGCUUGUGUCAGAAUCUGUCCUGGAACAGUAGCCCACAGGGGCAUCCCGCAUACUGCGGAUGCUUUCUGAUGAGCUGUGGGAGAGCAGGUAGAACAUAGCGGGCUCUGUCCGGAAAUCCUGGGGCCCCCCCGUACAGCGUGGACGUGGGUCCGGUGAAGGUGGGCUGGCCCAGCCAAGGGGCCACGUAGGGCUCCAAACUUUGGCAGUCUGUGGUCCAGCUGGUGGCCCCCUCUCAUCUCACUGUCAACCGGGCACCCUCACCUCUGCUGCUGGCACCCCACAGCCCCACGCUGCAGUGGAGAAAGUGUAUCAUGGCUAGGCAGGGAGUUACAGACGCAAUGAGCGUGGAAGUCAAGCACGUCCCCCAGGCCAGUUGGUGUGCAGUGUGCAGGGUGUGUCGAGGUGAGGAUCCCACCCACCCCUUGCUAUUUUUAGGCCAUGGGCACCAGCCUGGCAUCCUGGGCACAGUUUAUGUUUCUGCCCGCAGUUGUGGCAGACACACUGGUGUGGUCCUAUGGAGUGAGCAUGGGGGCUCUAGUCGGCCCUCCCCUUCUUUUUACCCCUAAAGAACUCAUCUUGUAGGUGUCCCCAGGCACCUGGGGCUAUGUCUCUUGGGGCUGGUGAGGGGUCCUGAUAGAAACCAAUGUGCGAAAACAGCAGGGAGCUUUGGCCAGGAGUGAGUGCUCCACCUCACCUCGCCCCUCCCCUCACCCCAGCUCAUUCCCCUCACCUCACCCCAGCUCAUCCCCCUCACCUCUGAACGUGCCUGCUUGCUCUGACUGCCCGGGGCUGCUGUGCUCUCAUCUUGGCUUAGGAUGGCAGAGCGCUCACCCAAAGCCCAGCACCUCGGGCCACCCUUAGAAUACCUCUGCCUAGAAGCAAUAUUACCUAGAGAACAACUCCAGUUGUUCCAGCUGCUGCUAUGAAGACGGGGCUGCUAUGGAUAGGGCCAAGCACGGCGGUCACAGCACUUCCCUGCCUGCCCCGUCCCCUGCCAUCUUCAUGUCCGUUCCUGUCCUGUCCCUCCUGUCCUCUGUUCUAAGCCCCGUGCUCUGGGCCUUGUUAUCACAGUAGCAUUUUUAAGUGCCCAGGACACAGUUCUCAUGGGGGCCCAGUGCAAGACAUUAGUACGGAAAGCUGCUAUGCUGGCCCAGGAGAGUGUGGUCCCCGAGCUGGCCAGGCAGGCCACCAGGGCCACGGGCCUCCCGGGGCACCCCACGGCUUGUGGUGUGGGCAGUUAGGUGAAUGUCCUGCUCAGAGCUGCUUCCCUUCCUCUGUCCUGCCGUCCUCUGGCCCAGGCCACCGCCACUUGGCGAGUGACCACAGCAUUCCCUCUGAACUGAUGCUAAAACUUGGGCUGUUUCACUGUCUUGGUUUAGAGAAAGUAUAUUUCAUGUUGACAAAAAUGAAAGUCACUGUUUGUGUUUGGGUGCUGGUGGCUGCAGGCUGCUCUGUGGGCUUCUGUUGGAGGGAAUAUUCUAGAAUCACAUCCCAGGUGGUCAGGGUGCAGCAGCUAGGGCAAUGCUUCCCCAGAGGCCAGGCCAGCCAGAAGUGCUACUUGGGGGGGGGGGUCCUCUAGAAGUGUACGAUGUGGGGGUGUGGAGAGCAGCCGGCAAGAGCUGUAGGGGAGGGCAGUCCGCUGUGCUGCUGUCAGUUGAUAGUUUUCGUGCUUUUUAGCCUUUCUUAUCCUGACGCCCCAGGGCUGCUAAGAGUGGUCUUCAGGAGAGCCGUGCUUUGCUUUAUUUUUAGGCAUCUCCCCCUCCUGGGAGAGACCUCACCGCCAGGACGCAUCACUGUACCUGCCUGGCAUUCCAGCAAUAGGGGAAAUGUGUGAGCUUCCAAGCACAUAUCUGCCCUUGGGUAAGGAGCUCAGCAUCAGCUGUAUAGGACCCCCAGAGCCCCAACUACCCCAAACCCCUUCAGCCCAAGGUAUCUGACCAUAUAAGAGAGAGAGGAAAAUCAAAGGCACGUUGCUUUUUAUUCUCACCUUGGUUUUGGUUUCUGGAAAAUAGAUGCAUCUGCCAAGACAUGAGAUGAAUCUUUGGGGACAGCGAGCAAGCGGCUGCUGGGUGGGAUGGUGCCCAGGGCCCCGCCGCACCCUCCCUGCAAAGGCCCUUGUCCAGGCCACCACUGGCACCGUGUCCUGAUUCCUGGAUACAGUGGUUUUCCUGCACGGUGUCAUCACUGAGCCUGCAGCUUCUGAGAUCCUGGCUUAGCAGGAUUAAUAAGAUGGAAUGUUUGAAAUUCGCCCUUCUCCCCCUUCUUCAGGGAGGCAUGGUUGACCCCUUGACACCUUGGCUUGAUUCCUGUUUCAGGAAAGGGUGGUGGGGAGGAAAGGAGACACCAAAGCUGGGUUCCAGAUCUUUUGUGGCUCUGCAGGAAGGGUUUAAGCCAAUACUGAGAUUGUUGUUCUUACCUGAAUGAUAAUUUUCCUGUAAAAAAAAAAAUUGGGGGGCGGGUGAUGUUUGGGAAGUGUGUAUGAGUGUGUGCGUGUGUGUGUUUUAUUUUUACAUUGGCUGUCUAAAGGAUUUUCAUGAUAUGUUUAAUUAUCAAUGCUUU